GUUGUUCCUACGUAACUCUGACAGUGGCCGCAUUCAUUGAUUCCUUAUCGCGCAAACAUGCAUAUAAUCACGCCAUCGCUCCCACUGAGUUCGUCACUCUCACUCUCAUUCUCGCUGCAUGGACCCCCAAUGCAGCCUCCCUAGCCUGUCAUGCAAGAAUAAUUAGCGAGUCGGCGAGAUCUCUGUGAUGGCCGCGACCCGUUGGAGACCCUGCCGCCUCCACGUUUUUCUCUAGUCUGGAAGAGAUUUCUUUCAUCGUGGCUUAUUGCGAAAGGAAAUCACCUACAAAAGACCAGAUUGCCCUUCCUCAGGCUCUUGUGGUUUCGUUUCCUGACUUCUCGAUUUGAUCGAUUCGAUCUGCCCCAUGCGGGUGUUUCUUUCGAGUCUCAAUAGCGACGAGAAACAUUUCAGUGGACAGCUAGUUCCAAACAGCUUCGACGUUGUCCUUGCGCUGUUCAGUCUUGAUUGAGUAGGCCGUACAAAUGGCUUCGGACAAUAAAAGCAAGAGCAGAGAUGCUUCGCCUGUUGCGACCCGGGUUCUCGACGAUGUGCAACCGGGCGAAGAAACGGCGCUUCCCUCGGGCACCUUCGACCCAGUUUAUGAGGCGAAGGCUCGCGUGCUGAACAAAGCCAUCCAGGAAAUCGGUAUGGGCCGUUAUCAGUGGCAGCUCUUUGUCGUCAUCGGCUUUGGCUGGGCGAGUGACAACUUGUGGCCGAUCGUGACUUCGCUCAUUUUUACCCCGGUCAAAAAUGAGUUCAACCCCGUUCAUGGCGAAUUCCUGACGCUGGCACAAAACAUUGGCCUAUUGUUUGGUGCGGUCUUUUGGGGGUUUGGCUGUGAUAUAUUCGGGAGACGAUGGGCCUUCAACUUGACAAUUGGUAUCACCGCCGUGUUUGGCCUCAUUGCUGCCGGCUCCCCGAAUUUUGCAGCCGCUGGUGUCUUUGCAGCGCUCUGGUCCGUGGGCGUGGGCGGUAACUUGCCUGUGGAUUCUGCUAUUUUUCUUGAAUUUUUGCCUGCUUCUCACCAGUAUCUCCUAACUGUUCUGUCCAUUGACUGGGCAUUUGCACAGCUGGUCGCUACCUUGGUGGCAUGGCCAUUGUUGGGCAACUACACUUGCCAGCAAAACACAGUCUGCACUAAGAGCAAGAAUAUGGGUUGGCGGUAUUUCAUGAUUGCCAUGGGUGGCCUGGCUAUGGCCAUGUUCAUCAUUCGAUUUGUGUGUUUCACCAUCUACGAGUCUCCAAAGUACCUGAUGUCACGCGGCAAAGACGCUGAGGCAGUAGAGGUCAUUCAUGAAGUUGCUCGACGCAACGGCAAAACCUCGACUCUGACGCUUGAGGACCUGACUCAGUACAACGUACUCGCUGAUGAGACAGAGCAAGGAGAUGCCCAGCAGACAUCGGCCGCAGCCGCAUUGGAGCGGAAGCUUGAAAAGGUCAACAUGGAUCACUUGCGUUCGCUCUUCUCGACCACCAAGAUGGCCAUUUCAACAUCGUUGAUCACUGUUAUUUGGGCCUUUAUCGGUCUCGGGUUCCCCCUCUACAAUGCCUUUCUGCCGUAUAUCCAGUCUACGCGCGGAACAGACUUUGGCGACGGUUCAACAUAUAUCACUUACCGCAAUGAAGUGAUUAUUGCCGUACUCGGAAUUCCUGGCUGCAUACUUGGUGGCUUCCUAGUCGAAUUGCCUCGAUUCGGCCGCAAAGGCACACUAGCAUUGUCGACAGCUCUGACAGGAGUUUUCCUCUUUGCGUCUACCACGGCAACCCACUCGGAUGCAUUGUUGGGGUUCAACUGCGCGUACAGCUUCAUGAGCAAUGUAAUGUAUGCCGUUCUGUAUGCCUACACGCCUGAGGUUUUCCCGACCAAGGAUCGUGGAACGGGUAAUGCGGUCACAGCCUCAGCAAAUCGCAUUUUCGGCAUCAUGUCACCCAUCAUUGCAAUGUUCGCCAAUCUCAACAGCGCUGCGCCGGUGUAUGUCAGUGGAGCUCUGUUCCUGGCUGCGGGUGCGCUGGCAGUUGUAUUGCCUUUUGAGCCGAGAGGCAAGGCCAGUUUGUAAUUUGUUCUUUUGUCGACGGAAUAUGGAUGGGAUAGAUUCUAAAGCACCGUGGUGUUGACGAUAGUCAUGUUUAAUCGAGGCUUAAUUUCCUGUGCUCGGCUAUAGGCAGCGAGUACGGACACAUUUUAAAAUAAUACGUUUAAUCCCAUCAACCUGUGAACUCCCUCACCUUAAUAUUUUCAUCCGGAUCAAUCUUUCCGGCUGUAUGACCCAGCACUUUUGUCCGCCACGAUGCUUAACUCCGGGGCCCACCGAGCACACCAGCUUCUGAUUGGUCCGCAGGGCUUAGCCUGGUUGGCUUCUUCCUGCUUCGGCUCAUCAGGCAUAUCUUUGCUGACGAC